AUGAAGAUUCCGUUAAGAGUCAUCGUGCUGGCAGUACUAACAUUGGCGGUGUUGUUGAUGACUGGACCGACAGCAGUGGGGGCAGGCGACGCCCCCGCUCCCGCGGCAGCGGCCGCACCAGGGGCAGGAGCCGCGCCGGGGGCAGCUGCAGCGCCAGGCGCAGGUGCCGCGCCAGAGCCACCCGCCGUAUCACCUCCUGGAACAACCACCAAGUCAGGAGUGAAAGGACUGAAGCAGAUGUCGUGGUUUCAACUUGUGACUCUGAUGGCUGUAGCGUCGUUUGCACUAAGUAUUACUGGCUUCGAAUCGGCAACGGCGCCUCGCUUUGUUCGCUCCCACCACCAGCCAGUUUUCCAGCGACUGAACCGCCGAGGAACUAGCGAACUGUCAUUGACAGAAAACGAACUUGUUGAGAAAGAGAAACCCAUACCCAGCGAAAAGACUAUCACCACAAACACGCCCGGUGUAGUGAGUGUACGAAAAACUCAGUAA